UCAUGACAGACCUACAGAAGAGUCAGAGCCUCAUGAACAGUACCCCACAUUAAAACUGCUACUAUGGUCUAAUACACAAUGUGCUUUUCUGAAAUUGGUGAAUUUUGCUGAAGUAAUGAAGAGACAAAAAGACAUGAAGACCGUCAAGAACAAAGUCAGAGACAGCCUCACACAACAAGCAGCUUCAGAACAGUGAGGCAGGAGAUCCUUUAAUAAACCAAGAGAGUACAAACGACUCUUCAAGGCGAGUCGGUUCAAAGAGCCGAUUCGUUCGGAGCAGCGCAGACUGGAGAAGAUGUGACGCAGUAGAGAAGAAACCGAAAGUAACUUUGCCCUCGCGCCAUUACAGGCGGGGAAGAUCAGACACCAGCGCGGCGGGUCGUUCGGGGGCAGCAGCUCCAGCUUCUCCAGCUGUGGAUGAAGAGCAGUAACUUCAUGGUGGACGCUGUUUACUGAACUGAUGAAAGAUUUUGUCCCAGAAAAUCAGCUGUUUACAGGAUGAAGAGACCAGCGUCUUCAGAGCCCAGCUGUGGGUCUGUAAAGAGGCACCGGUCCAUGACAGAGCAUAACAGCAGGCAAGGAGGAAUAUCUGACUCGGGACUGAAGGACCACAGAGGAGAAGGUCCAGAGCCCAGCUGUGUGUCUAUGAAGAGCAGCAACUCAAUGUUCAGGCCUCCUAAUCUGAGUCCUGGAGGAACUGGGAUUGACCCAAGCCUGCAGAUAUCCAGAGCAGAAGGUCCAGAGCUCAGCUAUGUGUCUAUGAAGAGCAGCAACUCAAUAUUCAGGCCUCCUGAUCUGAGUACUGGAGGAACUGGGAUUGACCCAAGCCUGCAGAUAUCCAGAGCAGAAGGUCCAGAGCCCAGCUGUGUGUCUAUGAAGAGCAGCAACUCAAUAUUCAGGCCUCCUGAUCUGAGUACUGGAGGAACUGGGAUUGACCCAAGCCUGCAGAUAUCCAGAGCAGAAGCUCCAGAGCCCAGCUGUGUGUCUAUGAAGAGCAGCAACUCAAUAUUCAGGCCUCCUGAUCUGAGUACUGGAGGAACUGGGAUUGACCCAAGCCUGCAGAUAUCCAGAGCAGAAGGUCCAGAGCUCAGCUAUGUGUCUAUGAAGAGCAGCAACUCAAUAUUCAGGCCUCCUGAUCUGAGUACUGGAGGAACUGGGAUUGACCCAAGCCUGCAGAUAUCCAGAGCAGAAGGUCCAGAGCCCAGCUCUGUGUCUAUGAAGAGCAGCAACUCAAUAUUCAGGCCUCCUGAUCUGAGUACUGGAGGAACUGGGAUUGACCCAAGCCUGCAGAUAUCCAGAGCAGAAGGUCCAGAGCCCAGCUGUGUGUCUAUGAAGAGCAGCAACUCAAUAUUCAGGCCUCCUGAUCUGAGUACUGGAGGAACUGGGAUUGACCCAAGCCUGCAGAUAUCCAGAGCAGAAGGUCCAGAGCCCAGCUGUGUGUCUAUGAAGAGCAGCAACUCAAUGUUCAGUCCUCCUGAUCUGAGUACUGGAGGAACUGGGAUUGACCCAAGCCUGCAGAUAUCCAGAGCAGAAGGUCCAGAGCUCAGCUGUGUGUCUAUGAAGAGCAGCAACUCAAUGUUCAGUCCUCCUGAUCUGAGUACUGGAGGAACUGGGAUUGACCCAAGCCUGCAGAUAUCCAGAGCAGAAGGUCCAGAGCCCAGCUGUGUGUCUAUGAAGAGCAACAACUCAAUGUUCAGUCCUCCUGAUCUGAGUACUGGAGGGACUGGAAUUGACCCAAGCUGGAGGAGGAAUAAUCGAGAUGAUGCCCUGCAAAGAAUCAGAGAGAGACACAAAAGCAGCAUGAAGAACAAGUAUGAAUGCUUAUUUGAGGGAAUCAAAACACAAGAGAAUCAAACCCUCCUGAACAGGAUUUACACACAGCUCUACAUCGUGGAGGGAGAGAGUGAAGGAGUGAAUGAAGAACAUGAGGUUCUACAGAUGGAGAAAACUUUCAGGAAACAAUCAGAAGACACACCAAUCAGCUACUUAGACAUCUUUAAACCUGUAGAAGAUCCUAAAGGAGAAAUGGAAGAACAGAACAAUAGAGGUGUGAUGGCUAAUACUGCCAGAGAAAAAGAAAGAAAAGAAGAUGAAGAACCAAAACAGCUCCGAACUGUCCUGACUAAAGGCGUCGCUGGCAUUGGGAAAACUGUGUCUGUGCAGAAGUUCAUUCUGGACUGGGCUGAAGGAAAAGCCAAUCAGGAUGUUGACUUCAUGUUUGUGCUUCCGUUCCGGGAGCUGAAUCUGAAUAAAGAUGACCAGUUCAGUCUUCAUAAACUUCUGUCUGAUUUCCAUCCUGAGCUUAAAGAUCUGGACCCAAAAAAAUAUGAUUCAUACAAAGUUGUGUUUAUCUUUGAUGGACUGGAUGAAAGCAGAAUUCCACUGAGCUUUUCACAGUGUGAGAAAAUAUCUGACAUAACAAUGACCUCAUCAGUGGGGAUGUUGAUGACCAACCUCAUCAAAGGAGAUCUGCUUCCCUCUGCUCACAUCUGGAUAACCACUCGACCAGCAGCAGCCAGUCAGAUCCCUCCUCAGUACAUCAACCGUGUGACAGAAAUUCAGGGAUUCAAUGACCCACAGAAGGAGGAAUACUUCAGGAAGAGAAUCAGUGAUGAAGACCAAGCCAAGAGAAUCAUCUCACACAUUAAGACAGCAAGGAGUCUCCACAUCAUGUGCCACAUUCCAGUCUUCUGCUGGAUCUCAGCCACUGUUCUUCAGCAGAUGAUAAACCAGAGUAAAACAGAAAUGCCCAAAACUCUGACUGAGAUGUACACACACUUCCUGCUGAUUCAGAUGAAUAUGAAGAAUGAGAAGUAUGAGCGAAACGUUAAGAGUGAUCCAGUGAAACUUCUGGAGUCCAACAGACAGAUGAUUCUGAAACUGGCUAAACUGGCUUUCACACAGCUGAUGAAGGGCAAUGUGAUGUUCUAUGAAGAGGACCUGAGAGAGUGCGGCAUUGAUGUCACUGAGGCCUCAGUGUACUCUGGGAUAUGCACUGAGAUCUUUAAGGAGGAAUCUGUGCUUUACCAGAGGAAGGUCUACUGCAUUGUGCAUCUGAGCUUUCAGGAGUUCCUGGCUGCUGUCUAUGUGAUUUACUUUUACGUGAAGAACAACAUGGAGGAAUUGUGGGUUUUUUUGCAAUAUGAUGGCAGUAGUGACAGUUUAUUCAAGGAGCUAUUGAGAGGAGCAGUACGUAAAGCCUUAGAGAGUGAGAAUGGGCACCUGGAUCUUUUCCUCCGUUUCCUGCUGGGCAUCUCACUGGAGUCCAAUCAGAAACUCUUACAGGGUCUAUUGAUGCACACAGAGAGCAGCUCAGAGAGCAUCAGUGAAACAGUACAACACAUCAAACAGCUAAUAAAAACAAAGGAUCUUCCUACUGAGAGAUCCAUCAACCUGUUCCUCUGCCUGACUGAAGUGAAUGACCACUCUUUCUCCAGAGAGAUUCAGGAGUUUCUAAAAUCACAGAAAAACACAGGAACCAAACUCUCUGCUGCUCACUGCUCAGCAUUAGCUUACAUGCUGCAGUUCUCAGACGAGGUUCUGGAUGAGCUGGACACAAAGAAGUUCAACACAUCAGAGGAGGGUUACAGGAGACUGGUUCCAGCUGUGAGCAACUGCAGAAAGGCUCUUCUAACAGGCUGUAAUCUUGAAAUGAGCCACUGUGAAACCAUCUGCUCGGCUCUGACGUCUGCAAACUCCUCCCUGCAAGAGCUGGACCUCAGUAAUAAUAACCUGCAGGACUCAGUGGAGCUGCUCUCUGUUGGACUGACCAGCUCAAACUGUAAACUCCAGAUAUUGAGACUGUCUGGCUGCAGUCUUGGAGAAGCUGCUUGUGAAAAUCUGAAAUCAGCUCUACUAUCAGAAAACUCCUCCCUGAAAGAGCUGGACCUCAGUAAUAAUGACCUGCAGGACUCAGGAGUGGAGCAGCUCUGCUCUGGACUGAAGAGCUCACACUGUAAACUUCAGAUACUCAGACUGUCUCUCUGCAAACUUGGAGAAGAAGCUUGUAAAAAUCUGAAAUCAGCUCUACUAUCAGAAAACUCCUCCCUGAAAGAGCUGGACCUCAGUAAUAAUGACCUGCAGGACUCAGGAGUGGAGCAGCUCUGUGCUGGACUGAUGAGCUCACACUGUAAACUUCAGAUACUCAGACUGUCUGGCUGCAGUCUUGGAGAAGAAGCUUGUGAAAAUCUGAAAUCAGCUCUACUAUCAGAAAACUCCUCCCUGAAAGAGCUGGACCUCAGUAAUAAUGACCUGCAGGACUCAGGAGUGGAGCAGCUCUGUGCUGGACUGAAGAGCUCACACUGUAAACUUCAGAUACUCAGAUUAUCUGGCUGCAUGAUCACACAGGUAGGCUGUUGCUCUCUGGCAUCAGCUCUCAGUUCAAACAUUUCACACCUGAAUGAACUGGAUCUGACCUACAACCACCCAGGAGAGGAUUCACCAGGAGUGAAGCAGCUUUCUUCUAGACGGGACGAUCCACAAUGCGCCCUCAAAACUCUCAGAGUGGAACAUGGAGGUGAGAACAGAAUCAAACCAGGACCGAAGAAAUAUGCCUGUAAGCUCACACUGGACCCAAACACAGCAGACACACACCUCUCUCUGGGUGAGGGUAACAGAGUGGCACAUUCAGCAGACCUUUACUCGCCUGACUGGAGUAAAGAAGAGUGGCUGAAUCGGGCUCGUCCUGAUCACCCAGACAGAUUUGAACAGUGGGAGCAGGUGCUGUCUAAGGAGACUCUGAGUGGACGCUGUUACUGGGAGGCUGAGUGGAGGGGGCCAGAAGCUGCUGUGGCAGUAGCAUAUAAAACAAUGAGAAGGAAAGGAUACUAUGGUGAAUCUAAGUUUGGAUACAGCGACAAGUCUUGGAGUCUUUUAUUCCAUGAAAAACAUUAUGUUGCCUUGCAUAAUGCCAAGACCACCACCAUAUCUACCCCUCCCUCCCGCUCCAAGAUAAUGGGAGUGUAUGUGGACUGUCCAGCCGGCGUUCUGUCCUUCUACGAUGUCUCUGACAAGCCGACACACCUGCACACAUUCUACACCACCUUCACUGAACCACUCCAUGCGGGAUUUCGGGCUUAUGGCUCCACUAUACGUAUUUGUAACAUAGAAUAGCCUCCUACACAGAGGUGGGUAGUAAUCAGCACAGCUGGAAAACAUUUAGUUACUUUACUUUAUUUUAAGGAGCACACAUUUGUGCCUUUUUAAGGUCUUAUUAUUUGUUCAAUAAAGCCCAAAUUAGGCACUUCUAAAUGGUUUAUUCACUGUGUAUUAAUCUUUAUUCAUUAUGAUCUGUGUUAGUACAUAAUUACAGAUCUGUGACAUGAAAAUCAUAAAUAAUUGCCUUAUUAGUCAUUAUAGCUCAGAAUAUGCACUUUCUUCAUACUUUGUAAUGCUGAAUUAAUGAGCAUUAAUUAUUACAGCUUAUAAGUGAAUAAUUGGCAGAACGUUAUUUCUACAGGUUCUGGAUAGCAUCAGUGCAUCUUUGCAUCAUUUGAGUUUAUUGCUUCUUUAGAGCUACUAAGAGUUUAAUAAGUCACGAAUGCUUCAGGAUUUGUUCCAUUUCUAAAGUGGAGUUUUAGUCAUCACUAAUUUGAGGCUAAAAAGUGCGAAACAGAGUUGAAGUGAAGAUCAUUUCAUGACUUUUAGCAGCCAAAAAACUCUGAAUGUUUUACCUGUGUUCCAUUCACAGAUCCCAAAUGGAUGUUGUCAUUUCUCAGGGUGAUAUAAUGAAAAAACAUGCUUACAGACAUUUGACAUGUAAUUCAAACAAUUUUAGCUGCGAUUUUUAAACAAUGAACAGUCAGAGCUCUUUGAUAGAACAUGGGGUCGUCUGCCUAUUUCAAAAAGGAACACAACUGACCUGGUUCAACUUGGCAGAUGCCUGUCGUUGUAACAUUGUAUGUUUAAAAGAUAAAACCCUGGAUUGUAAGUACAAUUUAAUUUUAUUUUAAAUUUCUUAUUUUUAUUUUUUUCCUUUUCUUCUGUACGAUGUAACGCUCCUUCACCUUUGCAAUUUCCUGAAAUUCCCCCCUGGGAUCAAUAAAGGAAUCUAAAUCUGAAUCUAUUUGUUACUUAAAAGAUAAGUGUAUCUUUAUGUUUAAAAGAUAACAGAUUGUAAGUGCUAUUUUAAAUUUUAAUUUUUUUCCUUUUCUUCUAUACGAUGUCAACCCUCCUUCACCUUUGAUGUCAUUUGUUGCUUUUUUAAAAAUGAAAAUAAAUGCUUUAAAAAAACAUUA